AUGGCGAUUUCUGAGGCAUUCGGGAAGCAGGAGGCUCCAGAUACGAUGGCGACAGACGGGCGUGUGGCCAGUAUCGAAGACGACAAUGAACAAAUGUCUGAUCUCAAAUCGGAAAUGCUCAGCGCUGGGGCUAAAGCGGCUACGGACGCUGAGCAUGCCCUGAGCCUUAAAGAGGCCAUUAACAAAUUUCCCAAAGCCAUGGCAUGGUCUGUUUUGCUUUCGACCGCCAUUGCAAUGGAAGGAUAUGACAGUGUCUUGGUGAACCAGUUCCUCGCGUUCCCAUCCUUUGUUAAGCGCUACGGUACGAUUGGGGCGGACGGAAAGCCUGCCAUUUCAGCAGCCUGGCAAGCAGGUCUGUCAAAUGGAGCCCGGGUGGGCGAAAUCAUGGGUUUAGCGCUGAAUGGGUGGAUUGCGGAGUUCUUUGGGUUCAAAAGGACGAUGCUAGGUACUCUCGUCCUGCUGACCUUCCUCAUCUUCAUCCCUUUCUUCGCGCCAAAUAUUGAGACUCUGCAAGCGGCUCAAGUCUUAUUGGGUAUUCCAUGGGGUGUCUUUCAGACUUUGACCACCGCUUAUGCUGCCGAGGUUUGCCCAGUGGCUCUUCGAGCAUAUCUCACCAGUUACGUGAACAUGAUGUGGGGAUUGGGACAGCUCAUUGCCUCCGGUGUACUGCGUGGAUUCCUCAAUCGCACCGACGAGUGGGCGUAUCGUAUUCCUUUCGCGCUGCAGUGGGUGUGGCCGGUCCCCCUUAUUAUCGGUAUCUCCUUUGCGCCAGAGUCGCCGUGGUGGUUGGUUCGCCAAAAUCGAAACGCCGAUGCCCGCAAGGCUUUGGCACGGUUGUCGUCCGCAGCCACCGAAUCCGAACUCGAUCAAACCAUCUCGAUGAUGAUCCACACCAAUGAGAUGGAGAAGCAGGCUUCAGUCGGAACGACUUACCUGGAUUGCUUCCGGGGUGGCGCCAGUCUCAUGGGUUACGCUGCCUAUUUCUUUGAGCAAGCCGGUCUAUCCACCGACAUUUCGUUUGACUUUUCCAUCUCCCUAUAUGCUCUCUCCAUGAUUGGUGUUCUUCUCUCCUGGUUCGCUAUGACAUACCUCGGCCGUCGCACGAUUUACCUAACGGGCCUCAUUGGUCAAUUUGCCAUGCUAAUGGGCAUCGGCUUCGCGAGUCUCGCGUCAAAUGCCACAAAUACGGCUCCUUCCUAUGCUAUUGGGAGUCUUCUUCUUGUUUACACCCUGAUCUAUGAUAUCGGCGUCGGCACUGUCGCAUAUUCCAUGGUCGCCGAAACCCCAUCGACUCGACUGCGCACGAAAACCAUCGUCCUCGCACGUAACCUGUACAAUGUCCAGGGCAUCAUUAAUGGAGUUAUUACACCAUACAUGCUCAAUCAAACUGCUUGGAAUUGGAAAGCAAAGGCCGGAUUCUUCUGGGCGGGCACGAGUUUCCUGUGUUUGAUUUGGACGUACUUUCGCCUGCCAGAACCGAAAGGACGUACGUAUGGGGAGCUUGAUGUGCUGUUCGAGAAUGGAAUCAGUGCCAGAAAGUUCAAGUCCACGGUGGUUGAUCCUUUCGCAGUUAAUGGCAGCCAUGCGUUGGAUGUGGCGGUUGGCGAGGAAGAGAAGACCGGGGCUGCUGUUCAGACCGUCGAUGCCCCUCGAUCGUGA